CGCAGAGACACUGGUGUGACGUGGAAUCCAGAACAUGGACUUCAUGCCAGAUGACAACUCCCAGUACAAACAUGUCGACUACUGGGAUGAAAGAUACAAGAAGGAGCUAUGUUACGACUGGUUGGGCGACUUCUCCAAAUUCCAGCACCUUCUGGAUACGCACGUCAAGAAGGAAGACUCCAUUCUCAUACUGGGUUGCGGAAACAGCAGCAUGAGUGGGGACAUGUACCAUGCCGGCUACCGCUCCAUCACCAACAUAGAUUACUCCUCGGUGUGCAUCAGCACAAUGGGCGCCAGGUACAGCGACUGCCCCGGUAUGACCUGGCGUCAGAUGGACGUGCGCCAGCUCCGCUUCCCCGGCGCCUCCUUCGAUGUCGUCCUCGAGAAGGCCACGCUGGACGCCAUCAUGGUGGAUGAGAAGUCACCUUGGGAGACGUCCCCUGAGACCGCCUGUUUUGUUCACCAAGCACUCUCAGAGAUCAGCCGCUGCUUGAAGCCUGGAGGACGCUUUGUCUCCGUCACCUUUGCGCAGCCCCUCUUCAGGAAACGCCUCUACGCUCGCGCUGAGUACAACUGGUCAAUCAAGCAGUACAGUUAUGGAGAAGGCUUUGAAUAUUUUGUGUAUGUGAUGACCAAAGGAGAACAGCUCAGUCCACAAGAUGCAGACCUGGAGAAAAAGCUAAUUGAGGAGAUGAAAUCGGAACCUGGCAGGACCCCCACUACACAACAAGAGGACAAUGAGGACUUCUUGUCGAAUAUUGACUUGUAAAAUGACUGCAGAAUUUUAAGGAAUCUAAGACCUCAGAAACUUCACACCAUCACACUUAAAAAAUGUCUCGGUGGGAAGUAAUUUUCAAGCAAACUAGGAAUAUAUAACAUUU